AUGAAUGGUGAACAAAAUGAUAAUCCGGCGCAUUGUUCCCUCAUUACAUUCAUAAAGAAGGGUUAUGAUGUUAUCAAACGAUUCGUUAUCAGAAAAUCAAUCCAAUUAAAUGAUGAUAAUGCUAUUCCGGUAGCAUCUGAUCGUGAUAUUCCUGUCAUAGCUGAUGAUUCAGAUUUGUUAAGCAGUGUUGAAUCCCAACAGGAUUUCUUAUUUGAUAUCCGAUCAGGACCAAUAAAUUUCUCGUCACAACUUCUCAAUCAGGAGGAAAACGAUAGUAAAAUGAUAGUAAUAUCGGAUACGGAAAUAGGUUUGCAUUACCAAUUUCUUAAGACAAUUUUGCAAAUUAUACUUUUAGACAUUUAG